AUGUGAAAUGUGAAAAGGGGAAUAAUACAUUUAAACAGAACAAAAUGGAGUUUGGUUGAGAAAGAAAACAUCAAACAUAUAACAUAAUUUCAAGACUUAUGAAAUGGAAAACUUGGAAAAAAGACGAUGCACUAAAAGAUCAAAUCAUUGAAGAAUGGUUUUACCGAAUACAGAGAGAUACAAAUGGCUAGGUCAUGUGGGACAAAUUCUUCUACUGGCCCUUUGCUGUUAUGGUCCUGUUCAUGGUGACUGCAACUAUACAUCUGUGAAUGCUAAAGAAGUCAAAGUGGACUAUAGUUCAUCUAUCAUUGACCAUGAAUACAUUGUAUCUUUUAAUGGAUACUAUAAACCGCAGACCAGGAAACGUUACCUAACCGCUGCCUUACAUGAAUCAGGUGUACUGUCAUGGAAGAUUCUACCAAGAGAUAAUCCAGCCUAUGAUUAUCCUAGUGAUUUUGAUGUUGUCAAGUUGAAUGAUGGUAAGAAGGAAGGACUUGAUGCAUUGGAAAACCACCCAGUGGUCAAGAGAAUAACUCCUCAUAAGAAGGUUACAAGGUCACUCAAAUAUGUUAAAGAUCCUGACUAUCCUGGUGAAGAUACAAAGGCACCAAAAGAUUUGAAUAGUUGUAAUAAGACAGACUGGGAGCAGACGUUCACUUCAUCCAGAACACAGAGGAGUAGAAGGAGCCUUUCACUUAGUGCAACUUACUGGCAUUCACCAGCUCGUCACAGAAGCAGAAAUUUGUUGAGAGCAGUUCCCAAACAGAUUGUAAGUGCACUCCAAGCAGAAAUUUUAUGGAACAUGGGAUACACAGGAGCGGGUGUCAAGGUAGCCAUAUUUGAUACUGGUCUAGCUGAAAACCAUCCACAUUUCAAAAGAGGCAAAAUAAAAGAUCGAUCAAAUUGGACCAAUGAAAAAUCAUUGGAUGAUGGACUAGGUCAUGGUACAUUUGUAGCAGGUGUUAUAACCAGUUCUAAAGAAUGUCUAGGAUUUGCUCCAGAUGCUGAUAUUUAUGUCUUCAGAGUAUUCACCAAUAACCAGGUUUCCUACACCUCUUGGUUUUUAGAUGCAUUUAACUAUGCUAUAUUGAAGAAGAUCAAUGUUCUGAACCUGAGUAUUGGUGGACCUGAUUUCAUGGACCAUCCUUUUGUAGAUAAGGUUUGGGAACUUACAGCAAAUAAAGUGAUCAUGGUGUCUGCCAUUGGAAAUGAUGGUCCACUUUAUGGGACAUUAAACAAUCCAGCAGACCAGAUGGAUGUUAUUGGAGUUGGGGGAAUUAACUUUGAAAACCAAAUAGCUCGCUUUUCUUCAAGAGGCAUGACAACAUGGGAACUACCUAGAGGGUAUGGCAGAAUAAAACCAGAUAUUGUAACCUAUGGUUCAGCUGUUAGAGGCUCUGCUCUUAAAGGUGGAUGUAGAUCAUUAUCUGGAACAAGUGUAGCUUCACCAGUUGUAGCAGGGGCAGUAACUCUCUUGUACAGUGCUGUACUAGAUAGAUCACAUGUUAUCAAUCCUGCCAGUAUGAAACAAGCCUUGAUGGCAUCAGCAAGAAGACUCCCUGAAGUCAACAUGUUUGAACAAGGCCAUGGGAAACUGGAUCUUAUUAGAGCUUACCAGACACUCAGGACAUAUAAACCUCAGGCCAGUUUGAGUCCCAGUUACAUUGACCUGACAGAAUGUCCUUACAUGUGGCCAUAUUGCACACAGCCAAUUUAUUAUGGUGGAAUGCCUUCUAUUGUCAAUGUGACCAUUUUGAAUGGAAUGGGUGUAUCAGGCAAGAUUGUAAAUAAGCCUGAAUGGCAACCCUAUGUUCCACAGCAUGGUACGCAUAUAGAGGUUGCUUUCACUUAUUCUUCAUCACUUUGGCCAUGGUCUGGGUAUCUGGCUGUAUCCAUAACAGUUAGUAAAAGUGGUGCCACCUGGGAUGGAAUAGCUGAAGGACAGAUAACUCUAACAGUAGAAUCUCCACCAGAGUAUGAUGAAGCAGAACCAAGAAGAACUGAACUUAGGUUACCUGUCAAAGUGAAAAUUAUUCCUACUCCACCUAGAAGCAAAAGAAUUCUAUGGGAUCAGUUUCACAAUUUGAGAUAUCCACCAGGCUACUUUCCCAGAGACAACCUGAGAAUGAAGAAUGAUCCUUUAGAUUGGAAUGGAGACCAUAUUCAUACAAAUUUCAAAGACAUGUAUCAUCAUCUGAGAAGCAAUGGAUAUUUUAUAGAGGUCUUAGGUUCACCUUUCACAUGUUUUGAUGCUAGUCAGUAUGGUACUCUGUUGAUUGUUGAUGCGGAGGAAGAAUACUUUCCAGAAGAAGUAACAAAACUAAAGAGAGAUAUAGACAAUGGUUUAUCUGUCAUCAUUUUUGCUGAUUGGUAUAAUGUAUCAGUUAUGAAAAAGGUCAAAUUCUACGAUGAAAAUACUAGACAAUGGUGGAUGCCAGACACAGGUGGAGCCAAUAUACCAGCCUUAAACGAUUUGAUAAUGUCUCUAGGCAUGGCCUUUAGUGAUGAAGUUUAUGAAGGAGAUUUUAUGAUGGGAGAUCAUGAUAUGUAUUAUGCCUCUGGUACAAGUAUUGCCAAGUUUCCAUCAGAUGGAGUUCUUAUUACACAGAAUCUUAAAGACCAAGGACAUGAAGUGCUAAAAGGUGAAUCAAAAUCAGUGGAUACAGUGCCUAUACUAGGAAUACAUCAGACAUCAUCUGGGGGACCAGAUAGUGGAAGGGUUGCCUUAUAUGGUGAUUCUAAUUGUCUUGACAACAGUCAUAUGCAGAAAGACUGUUAUUGGUUACUGAGUGCCCUGUUGGAGUACACAGCUUAUAACAACAUGGUUCCUCUGUUUACUGGUCAGGAUCAUGUUUCCUUGACCUCUUCUGAACUUCCUACCAGAAUGGAAGGUAACCAUCUACAUAGAUAUUCUAAAGUUAUUGAAGGACAUCUUGGUUCUACAGUGUCAAAAGUACUUCCUCCUUGUCCUCAUCAAGUAUGGGCUAAACCACAUCCUCUCAACAAGACAGCAAAUAUAAAUCUAUUUCAACAGCAGAAGUUACUUUCAGUAGGUUUAGAUGAAGCAGUUAUCAUAGGAAAUGAACGAAAAACUUUAGACAUUGGAGCACAGGAAAUUAAAGAACCUGUUGGGCUUCCACAUGAACCUCAUUUUAGAGACAGACAUUCAGUGCAUAAUGUGGAUACUGCAGGGGUAUACCCUGUACUGGCCUUCGUAGGCACAGGAUUAGUGUUGUUAUUUUUACUCAAUCAGUAUUAUAAAGGCAAGGCAAAAACCAAGAAAAAGAGACCAAGGUUGAAAAAGUUACACCAUUCAGUGUAUGGGACUAAAACUCCUGGAGUUUGAUGAACAUGUGAUAUUAGGUUAAAGGUUAAAGAAGUUUUUUAUUUUUAUCAUUUACAUAAAUAAUGUGAUACUCUUAUGUGGUAAUGAUUUAUUUGAUAAAAAUGGCAUUAUCGAUCAAUAGUUGAAACAUUUGAACAUAAAAGUUAAGAAACAUUACCUUUUCUCAUGAGACAAUAAUUUACAAAUGUAUGUAGAGGGUAACUGGUCUACAUAGUUUUUAAAUAGUUAAAUUCAUACUGUAACAACUAUGAUACAUACUCCAGUUAAUGAUUAAGUCAUAAAUAGAAAGUUGCCCUGUCACUAUACAGGAAUGUGCCAUAAAGUCUCAUGACUUCUCCAUUUUUUACAGAAUCUAUUCAUAAUUUGGUAUAUAUAAUCUUUGGUUAAGGAUCUCAUUCUGUUCUAUAAUUUGGCUUUUUAUCUUGUCAAAAUGCCCUUUUUUUUAAAUACACUUCCUUUUUUAUGACAACAUUUUAUGAUUUUUGACCGCUUAUUUUCUUUCACUUUAUCAUAAAGUUAAAUAAGAGAUAUUUAAGAAUGUUCCUCUUAUGCUUCAGAUUUACUCAUUAAACAGUAGAUUACAAUUUUCUGACCAAGAUUAUGUUGCCGUUUCUUUGUUCAUUUGUAUUAAUCCAUCCUGUAAAAGAAAUUGUAAUUCAUAUACACAGUAUCACAUUUUAAUAAUUAAUGGGCAAAAGGGGGGGGGGGGGGGGCAGGGGUGAAAUAGAAAAUUGGGUUUACCAUGUUCCUUUGAUUCAGACAUACAUUGUUAGUAUUUAAACCACAAUAAAUCAUUAACCAUGAUCCAGACAGAUUUUCAUCACGCCAUAUUAAAGAACCCCA